AUGACUUCCACACGAAGAAUGUCGGAUCCUGGAACUUCCGAAAAUCCAAAUAUUCCUGGAUCAAAUAAACAAAAUCUGAUUUUGGAUGGUCCUACACAAUUCCGAGCUUCACUCUUCAAAUAUUUGCCACUAGUAGACAGGUAAAUUUAAUUUAUUUUCAUAUUUGAAAUAAAACAAGUCGAUUUAAUUAUAGACAACGAAUGCGUUUUGUGAAUAAAGAAAUGAGAGAUGUAGUCGAUUCAUAUCCAACAAUAAUCAAUAAAUUCAAAAUGAUACCAGACGCAUCAGCAAGUUUACCAGUGAUGGUUGAAUUUCCAGUAAGUUGGCUCAACUUUUCUUUUAUUCAUGGCAAUCAAUUAUUUUUUUUUCACACAGAAUGCGUGUCGAGUUACAAUGGAAACAGAGGGAAAAAUAUAUUCAUUAUAUUUUAUGAUAAAUCGAGAAAGAACAAAAAUAGUAACAAAACGAGAAAUGGAUGGAUGUUCUAUUGGUGUGAUUGUGGAUGAUGGUUGUAAUAUUCAUGAAUGUGCUUCAAAAUGGGCAACUCGAUUAUUAACUCGAAGUGGUUUAGAAUAUCAAUAUGUAUAUUUAGAUGUUAUUUGGCAAGCGCCGACGUUUCCAAGACAAUGUAAAGCUGAAACUUUGUGUUUGAUACAAAGCAGAUAUUCAUUAGUCGAAGAUUUGAUGGAUACGUGGAUUUCGAUGUUUAAAGCGCCAAUCAAAAAAUUGCAAAUCUCUUCAUCUUUUGUUUUUUCAAGUGGAAUUGAUGAGUCGGAAUUAGUUCAUAGUGCAAAUGAGUUACAUAUUGAGGGAAUUUGUGAUUUUCUACCCAAGACAUAUCCAUUGAUUGAAUCAAACACUUUUGUGCAUUCUGAUUUGAGAUAUCCAACCGAGGAACUUAUGCAAGCACUCAUAUUGCAGUUUAGAGUAAGUUUUUUUUUAAUGGGGCUUUAUUUUGGGGGACAACCGGCUUGAAUUUAUCAACUCGGUGAACAAGUUUGAGCUCAAAAAGCAUUUCAUUUUCAAAAAAUUAAUUCUACUCCGAUAUUCUAAACUUUUUUUCGAAACUUCUUAUAAAAAUUAUCUUCAAUGUCAUCAUAUUUUCACUGCCCCCUUCAAAAUAAUAUGAUUUUCUCACAGAGAUACAUGGAAAACGAAGAUUAUGAAUUCUCAGAGAAUAAGAACGGAAGACCAGUGGAGAGUUUUCGGAGUUCCGGCGGAGAGAAACCGGAAUUCCAUUCUACCACCGCUGGAAGUCCGAAAACUCUCCGCCGGAAGUCCGAAAACUCUCCGCCGGAGCUCCGGGAGGCAAAAUUUUCAAAAUUAAAAAGGAAAAUAUGAGGUUGAUGGGGCUACUAUCUGAAGCUGUUUUUGUCAUCUGGAACAUAUUUGAAGCAUCUGAAACUGAUUUAUGAUAAGUCGGUUUGAUUUCUAAGUAGUCUGUUUUGAUCUGCCACUAGUGGGGGGUCGAACCAGGCUAUUGAGGGUGGAUCAAUAGGCAGUCAUUCACCCAAAUACACCAUCCACGCGCGUAGAAACAGCGGCGGCGAUUGGUCUUUAUAUAUUUUGUAUCACCAGAAUUUGUAUAUAUGUUCAUACUUUUGACCCACAAAUUAGCUAUUUAAGGAUUAAAAUUAAUUAUUUGAAAGUUGUUUCAUAUGAGAUUUAUCUAGUUUUCCAAAUAUUUUUUGAAAACAUACAAAAAUGAUGUUUUUAACUCCAGAGAGUCAACAUUGAACAUUUUAAUCUUAAGUUUUUUGAUUUAAAAAUGUUCGUAAAAUAGUGCUGAAAUUUCAAUUUUCGAAACAUGUGUUUAUAAUUUUUACUUGAAAAGAAACGAAUAAUUUUCUCAGGCUGAUUUAAAUUUUCUAAUUCAUGAAUACUUUAAGAAAAGAGAUAAUAGUAAUAGAAAUUACUGUAAAACUUUUUUUUGUUAGAAACGAGUAAGGUUAGUUGGUAAAAUCAUAAUGAGGCAACUGUUUUCCAGUCUUUGAAGUUGGGAUGAAAUUCAUGAAAUUCACAAACUAAAACUUUUCAAAUAUUCAUUUUUCCGUUCACAAUUUGGUCGUCUAAUUAAAAAGUUCAUUCCUCAACGUCUAACCGAAAACCUUAUGGAAAAACACAUGAAAAUUGAAGUUUCAACUCAAAAGUCAAAAGUUCACUUCUUCUCUCCGCCGUAGUCUUUCUGGACAAAAUUGGUAACUCCGCCGGAGAGAAUUCUCCGCUGGAAUUCCAAAAGAAAGCCGAAAUCUCAUCCCGGAACUCCAGCGGACAAUGUUCUCCACUGGUUUUCCAAGUUUUGGAGUCUGUUUUUGUCGUUCUGGCAAAAAAACAAAUCUGGAAGUCCAUCGGAGAGAUCUCUCCGACGGGAUUCCGAAAUUCGCUAUUUCGGGACUCCAGCGGAGGAGUUUGUCCACUGGGUUUCCGUUCUUAUUCUCUGAGUUCAAAUAUAUUGGAAGAAAUUGGGAUGUUGAAAAUGGUGAAAAAUUCAUCAAACUUAUGCUUGAAGAACACGAAAAAUUAUAUGUGUAAGUAAUUAUUUUUCAAAAAAUUAUCUUUAAAUUUUCAUUCUCUUCCAGAUCUCGAAGUGCAACACUGGUCACAAUAAUGAAAUGUCGAAAAAGCAAACAUUUUCAACUUUUUUGUCAUUAUGAAGGUGAUAUUGAUCCAUAA